CAAGCAAUUAAGGCAUGCCCUUAAAUCAAGGACCACUGUCUCUCCUUCAUCUUUCUCCAUCAUAAACACCAGCAGCCAUUUUCACAGUACCACAGAUCAUCACCACCAACAAUAAAACAAUUCAUUCUUCAAUCCAAAGAAAUCCUUCUAAAUUAUAAUCAACCCAACCAACCAACCAACCAACCAACCAACCAACCCAACCACUGAAUCUUCAACCCAACUCAACAAAUUUAUACCUCCCGAUCCCUCCCUUCUUCUUCUCUAGAAACGAAGCAAUGAAGCUCUCAGCUCUACACCAGAGCUACAUGAACCGUCGGAGCAACAGUUUCCGUGGAUCAUCAGCACCGCCACCGUUAGAUUCAUCAUCAGAAAGCACCAUUAAAUCACCGGCGGCUAUCUUCUGGCUUCUACUACACGGCGUUUGUUGUCUUAUAAGUCUCGUUUUAGGUUUCCGUUUCUCUCGCCUUGUGUUUCUCUUCCUCUUCUCUACUUCCUCCCUCACUAUUUACACCUCUCCGUUCCGUCAACUAACGGCAACAACAACAACAACGGCAACAGUAUCAAACGCCCCCGUUAUCAGCUCCGAACAACUUACGUUACUUAACAGAACUGUAACCGUUACUUCAGGUCAAUCUUCUCGGGUUGUAGUUGGCCGUCACGGGAUCCGGAUCCGGCCGUGGCCGCAUCCGAACCCGACGGAGGUGAUGAGAGCGCAUCAGAUAAUUGAGCGAGUUCAAAGAGAGCAACGGACUCAGUUCGGAGUUAAAAGACCCAAGAGUAUUAUUGCUGUAACGCCGACGUAUGUACGGACUUUUCAGAUGCUGCAUUUGACUGGCGUUAUGCAUUCGCUUAUGCUGGUGCCUUACGACGUUGUUUGGAUCGUCGUUGAAGCUGGCGGUGUUAGUAAUGAAACGGCUUCGAUUAUUGAUAAAUCUGGUCUUAGGAUUGUUCAUGUCGGGUUUAAAGAGCGAGUUCCGACUACUUGGAGUGGUCGGUUUAAAUUAGAGGCGAAAAUGCGGCUUCAUGCUUUGAGAGUUGUGAGAGAGCAGAAGCUGGAUGGGGUAGUGAUGUUUGCAGAUGAUAGUAAUAUGCAUAGUAUGGAGCUAUUUGAUGAGAUUCAAAAUGUGGAGUGGUUUGGCGCUCUUUCUAUUGGUAUUCUUGUUCAUUCAGGCGGUGCUGUUGAUGAGUCAUUGUCAUUAGCUACAAACGAUAAGAAGGAGGUUGAGAAGAGUCCAUCAAUGCCAGUUCAAGGUCCAGCUUGUAAUGCAUCUAACAGAUUGGCUGGUUGGCAUACGUUUAAUACAUUGCCAUAUGAGGGAAAGAGUGCGGUUUCAAUUGAUGAUAGGGCAACUGUGCUGCCUCAGAAGCUGGAGUGGGCUGGGUUUGUGAUGAAUUCAAGGUUGUUUUGGAAGGAAGCUGAAGAUAAGCCAAAUUGGAUCAGAGACUUAGAAUUUAUUGAUGAUGAUAUAGAGAGUCCUCUAUCUUUGUUGAAGGACUCUUCUUUUGUAGAGCCACUAGGAAGCUGUGGUAGACAAGUUUUGCUCUGGUGGCUCCGCGUUGAAGCUCGUACUGAUAGCAAAUUUCCUCCAGGAUGGAUUAUUGAUCCACCUUUGGAAAUAACUGUCCCAUCGAAACGAACACCGUGGCCCGAUACUCCCCCUGAACUCCCUACUACUAUUACUACUACUACUGAAAAGACGGUGAUCAACAUCUCGGAGCAGACUGCUAAGCACACAAAGAGCCGAUCCCCCAGAACAAAACGCAGUUCUCGAAAGAGAAAACACGAUUCCAAAAGUCCUGACACUCAGGUUUCCGCAAAACAAUCCGAGCAAAGCUGAAACUUCUAAUCAAGAACAUAAAUACAUACUGCUAUGUGAAAGUUGUAACUGCACGCCUUCAGCAUCAAGGAAUUUCAUUGAUAAAAGAAAACAAACAAGCAUCACACGAUCUUACAAGUUGGCAGCUGCACCGGAGAAAGGCGUCGGUUUCAAUUAGGAGAGUUAAUAUGUACGCCUGAGUCUGAAUUCGACCUUUCUCAUUAAUUUUUUUCUUUGAUUUAUUUCCUUCAUCAAUUUACUUGUUGGGGUGAUCGGUAUGAUCUAGCUGUGUCUGCUGCUGCCAGGAAAUGCAGGGAUCUUGUAUCUGAAAUCCUCCAAAAUUUAUACAUAAUUUUUUUAAAACAAA